CUUGAGCCAAGGAGGUGACACGAGCCCAGGCCACGGCCUUUGCACUCAGCAGAGAUGUGGUGACACACACCUCUACACACCCUGCUAGGGCUGAUCCCUGUCCAAAGUCCCUCCCACAUCUGCUGGAUUUACAGACUCUGCCAGCAGCGCUGGCCUGUCAGAUCUCACCAUGCAGCUGCUGGCAUCCCUCACCCUCUGCCUCUGCGCAGGGUUCAGCACCGCUGUCAUCCCAGCGGAGGAGGAGAAUCCAUCCUUCUGGUACAAGCAGGCAGCUUCAGCCAUCGAUGCCUCCUUAAAACUCCAGCCCAGGAUACACGAAGCCAAAAACCUCAUCAUUUUCCUUGGGGAUGGAUUCGGGGUCCCCACCAUCACAGCCACCCGCAUCCUCAAGGCACAGCAGCAGGGGAAGCUCGGCCCUGAGACCCCUCUUGCCCUGGAUGCUUUCCCAUACAUGGCUCUGUCUAAGACAUACAAUGUGGACAGACAUGUCCCUGACAGUGCGGGGACAGGCACAGCCUAUCUCUGUGGGGUGAAGGGCAACUACAAGACCAUAGGGGUGAGCGCAGCAGCCCGCCACGCAGAGUGCAGCACCACAUUCGGCAACGAGGUGAUCUCAGUGAUGGAGCGAGCCCGCAAAGCUGGGAAGGCGGUGGGCAUCGUGACCACGACGCGGGUGCAGCACGCAUCGCCCUCGGGAACCUACGCUCACGUGGUAGACCGGAACUGGUACGCAGAUGCCAGCAUGCCCCAGGAGGCGCGGCAGCAGGGCUGCAAGGACAUUGCCUGGCAGCUGGUCCACAACGUCGACAUCAACGUGAUCCUGGGUGGUGGUCGGAUAUACAUGACCCCUGCAGGGACGCCGGACCCUGAGUACCCUGCCGACAGCAGCCAGAAUGGGAUACGCGAGGACGGCAACAACCUCAUCGACAUGUGGCUGGAGGCACGGCCGGGUGCCCGCUAUGCCUGGAACAGGACAGAGAUGCUGGCAGCUGCUGCCGACCCCAACGUGAAGUAUUUGAUGGGUCUCUUUGAACCCGUGGACACGAAGUACAACAUGGUGCGUAACACCACCCUGGACCCAUCACUCACCGAGAUGACAGAGGCAGCCAUCACCAUCCUGAGCAGGAACCCCAAUGGCUUCUACCUCUUUGUGGAAGGUGGCAGAAUCGACCGUGGCCACCAUGAAGGUUCACCCCAUAAGGCACUGACGGAGGCGGUGGAGUUCGACUGUGCCAUCGAGCGGGCAGGAACCAUGACAGAUGAGGCUGACACUCUCACCGUCGUCACCGCUGACCACUCACACGUCUUCACUUUUGGAGGCUACACUCUGCGUGGCUCUUCCAUCUUCGGUCUGGCGCCUACGACAGCCAGUGAUGGGAAGUACUACACAUCACUCCUCUAUGGGAAUGGGCCGGGAUACCCUGGCCCUGACCGGCCCAACGUGGACCCAGAAACAGCCAUGCAGUUCGAUUACCAGCCACAGGCGGCUGUGCCACUGAAGUCGGAGACCCAUGGUGGUGAGGACGUGGCCAUCCUGGCCAGGGGCCCCAUGGCCCACCUCUUCCACGGUGUGCAGGAGCAGACCUAUGUAGCCCAUGCCAUGGCCUACGCCGCCUGCAUCGAGCCCUACACUGACUGCCGCCAGCGGAACUCCAGCCCCAGCACCCACGGCACCUUCCUGGCCCUGCUCCUGCCUGCUCUCCUUCUGCCCCUCUUCCACUGAUCCCAUGUUCCUAGGGCACCCCACGGGACAGACUCACCUUCCCCUCCCUCCCUCCCCAUGGUUGGGCACCUGCAGGCUGCUUUCUGAAGCAUCCCUGCUCUGGCUGCAGCAGCCAUGGGGACACCAAAUCCCGGGCAGUGGGGGCUUAAAUAAACUCACAGUGUGA